AUGGAAACGAACAUGCGGACCUGCUACGAUUUUACCGAUACGAAACCAAAAAAAGUUAACGCCGGCACUACGAUGAAAUUUUUGUGCUCCAGCGUCGAAUACAGUUAUAGGUACAUUUUCAUAACUUACUCGCUCAGUGUCUCAGUUCAAUGGCUUUUCAACAUGGAAAUCACGGUGGAAUACCAGAAUAUAUUUUACAUUAUCACUUGGGGAUAUGACAUCCAUGGCUAUGAGACCGGAACAACGGUAUCGAAACCGAAACCGACUAAACCGAGUACUGGAAAAAUACCGGCGGUACCGAAGUGCACGAAUCCGACGACGACAACAGCUCAAACAACAACGCCAAGUACUACUAAAACAGCCUCUACAACAACAACUACUACUACUACUGAUACUACUACUACUACUACAACUACUACUACUACAACUUCUACUACUACUACUACUACUACUACGACUGCAGUGAUAUCAGUCUAUCGCUCGACAACUCACGAGCAAAAUUUGUUCCAUUCAUCCCAGCAUUCAAAGUGGCUUCAUAUAACUGGCUCUUAUAAGAACGUUCCUUCCAAGGAACCAUGGUGGUACAUGGAUCUUGCGGAUUAUUACGAAGUUAUAUACGUCAAACUUUUUGCGUCUGAAUUUGUUAACGUUACGACCCAGAUGGUGAACUUCAAAAUCUUUGUAAGUCCGACAAUGAUUAGCACAGAGAAAGAUUUGCAAGUACUUAGCGAUCAACUCUGCUACUACUAUACCGAAAAAGAGAAAAGAUUUAGUCCGGGAGAGAUGAGAAUUUUUAGAUGCUUCAACUGUCAGACUCUUGGAAGAUACCUGGUAAUCUACAAGGUCAACAAAAUGUUCAACAUGAACUGGCUGCACAAACUGGAGGCCGUUGUGUUCGAUCCUGAAACCGAAUCUCCGAUUCAGCAGCAAGUCUACAGUACAAUGAUUGACAUUAGCAAAAGCGCCGCCUACUCUGUGGACCCCUUCUUGGGGGUGGACGAAGAUAGAUCGACUUAUAUCAUCGCCGGACUAGUUGAAAAUUUUGGAGUGAAGUUCUCGUGGUAUUCCGUCAAUUUUGAAAAAUCUCUUCAUCUCUUUAGGGUCGUCAUUACAAACACAAGAGAAGACAUCGGAAAAAACUUGAAGAAUUUCACGGUAAGUAUGACAGAGUCACACAAGCUGAAUGUAUGCUCCCUGGAUCUCUGCCACCAUUACAAGGAUGAAAUAGGGCUGGGCGUGACAAAAUCACUCGACUGCACACCCGGGCCAGUGAUGGGCCAGUACUUACUAAUUGAGCGGAUGUUUGGCGAGUUGGUAUUCGCCGAGAUUCAAGUAUUUGCCCGAAACCUCGUCAUUAAAAGGUCGGCGAAUAAAGGUAGGAUGCGACUUGAAAAAUUCGUAAAUCACGGAAUAAUGAAUAGCAACAAUUAUAACAAUGAAAAUAAUAAUAAGAAGAAGAAGAAGAAGAACAAUAAUCCAAUUUUUCUUUACUAG